GGUUCCACCAGUGUCUCUGCAGUAACCAUCAUGAUGCAGCAACAGGCGCGGCGCGAUCACCUUCCUCUCACACUUCCGGGAGACGGUGACGACAGCCAUGACACAGCACCGCUCAUGCUCGGCAUCAACGUCAGCAUCAACAUUCGACCAGAGCCAAGACUAUCCGAGUGGCGGAAGAUUGGGCUUGGUAUACUGCUGGCGUUUGGUGGUAUAGCUGCGGCGGCUGGUAUCGCGUACGGCGUCUGGUACUACAUGCGCGAAGCCAUGAUGAUGAAUCCAGCUUUAGACACAGCGCUUUCAUCGGACCCCCUACCGUACGAUCGCGUGCCAGCACUGUGGAGUGACGAUUUCGAAUGCCUUGGAUGGCGCGCCACAGCGGGAUGCGAUCCUGGCAGCGAACGUACACCACAAUACGAUCGAACUUGCGAUGCCCGGAUUGCCCUCGGGGAUUCUGGAUUCUGUGAAGUUCGCAAUCGCACUAGCCUCCAAGUGUACCGCGUGAUGGCGUCAACGUGUCGCAGUGUCAUCGGGCUCCUCACGUACACGUGCAACAUGGCAGAGGAGUUCACCGACUUUCCAAAGCUCGCCGCCACGUACACACACGACCCGGCGCCGCAAUUCUCUGGCGUCCGUCGCGGCAUUGUGUUCUCCGUGUACAAGAAGGCGCUGCCCGGUCUGUUUGCGAUCAUCAAGCUCCUUCGGUCAUUCGGGUGCACUUUACCCGUCGAGAUAUUCUACCGACCGGAUGAACUGCACGCGCCAUCGAACGUGCUCGUCCAGGCGCUCCUUCAAAGCGACGACCGUGUUGCGCUGCGCGAGAUCACCGACCCCCGCGCGACAAAGUUCAGAACCAAACCAUACGCCGUGUACCAUUCGUCAUUCGACCAGGUGCUGCUCUUGGACUGCGACAACAUUCCCCUUCGCGACCCAACGUAUCUCUUCGACUCGCCAGUGUUUGCGUCCCACAGCGCGAUCUUCUGGCCGGAUCUGUGGCAGCCGAAACACACCAUCUUCAGCGUCAUCUCGCAGAGCCUGUUGUGGCAGUAUGUUGACAUGCCUUUCGUCGACAUGUUUGAACAAGAGAGCGGCCAGGUGCUCGUGGAUCGCCGACGCGCCACAGACGCGCUGCACAAGCUCAUGGCGUACACGUUCGGCCCGACCAAGAACAGCAACGGGACCCUCAUCGAGUCUAUGGAGUUUUUGUACGGAGACAAGGAUUUGUUUCGCUUUGCAUGGCGGAAUGCAUCGACGUCGUUCUACUUCAUUCAGACACCCCCUGCCUACGCUGGCAUGUACUCGUGGUAUCGGUGGAUUUCGUUUUGUGGACUCGCCAUGGUCCAGUACGAUCCCGACGGCAACAUGCUGUUCCUCCAUCGCAACCAAGUCAAGCUAACCGCGCAUCCAUACCAAGUACCGCUCUUCACGCACAUUCUGCGCUUCAACGGCCGCGACCCGAGCCUGUACUCGGCGGAAUGCAAAGGCCGUCAAGACGGCUACCUAUGUUGGGGAUUUCAGUGGCCAUGGGUUCCGGUCGCCAUGGAAACGAUCGACUGGGCGGACAACGGGGCGAGUCACGUCAACAUCCAUCAAGCCGAAUCCAAGGCAGUGCGAUACGCCAUUGAAGCCGGCGCAAUCCUCGGUGAUGUGGACACGAGCCCUGCUCCAACGCCGCUCCCGCUGUGGCGCAACUGGUGGAUUGAUCUCGUCGUGUGCAGUGCGAUUUUUAUGGUGUGGUGUGUUUGGCAGCAUGUGGCCCAGUGUUGUACACCGCAGAAGAAGACAAUGUUGCGGUCGAUGUUCAUGUCUCGGAAGAAGAGAAAAACGUCGACGCUUCCUUCCGGCAUGUAGAUGGGUAUGUCUCGUUGUCGUCGUGGCUUGUAGAACUAACUUAUGCAAUCCUUAAUGGACCUCACGUAUUCAUGCAGUCGGUGACGUUCGGGUUGGAUGCCAUGGGCGUCGCG